CUUCUUUCUUACUUUAGGAUGGAACGUGAAAUAAAGGAGGAACUUGAAGAGACUCACGAUCGCAUUAAUGUCUAAUAAGUUAUAUUCGACCUUUCCCGACUGAUAAGGUUGCUGUGUGGCACUGUAUUUUUACUUCUACAUCACCUCAACUUGUUAUCUUCCUCUGCACAGAAGGUGCUUAGUGAUGAGAAAAUGAUACAGCGUUAUGAUGCGACUUCAAAUCAGAACAUUCAUGGCUCAAGGCAGUUACAUCAUGAGAAAUGUGUCAGGUCAAAACACUGAAGAGUGUGUUUCUAACUACCUGGGCAUUGACUACAACUAUCAGUCGGACGUGGACUACCUCAAGUUUGUGGACAGUUUCCAAAACGGCAGCACCAUUAAGCGGUUAAGCCUUAAGAGGAGGCCCCGAGUGGCCGUCAACAAUGUGGAAAAAACAGAGAGUGGCAUUUCAUCCAGCCAGUCGCAUUCAGCAGAAUCUUUGUCAUCAUCUGGCACUGAUGAUACAAGACUACUGGGCAUGUCUUCUACAACCAGAGGUCGACCUCCUCUUCCUCCACCACAUGGUUCCUCAUUGGAUAAUAAACCCUCCAGGAAUGAAGGACCAGGAAGCUCUCAGGCACCUAAUGAGUCAAAGCCUCAACCUGCUACAAGAUCUCUUGCUUUACAAAGACAAAGCCCUGUGGUGGAAAAGACCUUAAUGGAGACCCUCAAAAACUUGGAGCAGGAGGUGGCGAGCCAGACUCCACCUCAGCCCCAUCCCCGUCGUAGACUGGCCAGCUUUGGAGGGGUAAGCUCUCAUGGGUCGCUCUCGCCCUUCACUGGACUGGGCGCAUUUAAUCAGAACAACAAUGGGAACAAGCCUACCGGCUCAGGAAGUGAUGCGCAUGUCCACCUUAGCUCGUCACUGGGAAGCAGAGGCAGCACAGGAUGCCUUCGGCUUAGCCCACAGAGCUCUGGUAGAACCACCCCAGUUCCCACACACCUGCAGCUUGUCCGUGACCAGAUGGUGGUAGCUCUGCAGAGGCUGAAGGAGUUGGAAGAGCAGGUGACAAUCAUCCCUAUCCUCCAGGUAAAAAUCUCGGUCCUUCAGGAGGAAAAGAGGCAAUUGGUCUCCCAGCUCAAGAAUUAUAGUGACAUUGAGGAAAUAAAUGAUGAGAUCUGGAAAAGAGCAUGUAGCAUGGAAGAAUCUGACACUGAGAACAAGGUGAAUACUGAGGAAGGAGUUGAGGGCAUAGAGAGUGACUGCACCAACUUCAGUGAGUUCAGGCAACUGACUAAAGAGAUGCAGGCAUUGGAAAGAACCAUCAAGGGUGGACAUUUGCAAGCAUGGCAUGGAAAAGGCCCUAGCCCUCUCCAUGACAAGGCUAUGAAGUUGGUCGCAGUUGGAACUGACAAAAAAUUAGAUAUCAACUUGUCUGAAUCCACAAAAGAAAACAAAUAUGUGAACACUGAACAGGUAGAGAUGAGAUCCAUUGCAACAGAGGUGUCUGAAGUUAACCUUGGAAUUUAUACAGAAAGGGAAGCAGAGAUUGAUGCCCAACAACUAAUUAUAGGUGCCUUGAAGGAGAGAAUUUGUCACUUAGAAGCAGAGAUGAAAGAAUCAGCUCUCCAGACAGAGAUGAGCCGUCUUAAACUGGAGCUUCAGGCUGCAGGAGCUAGAAACCGAGCAGAUAAAGCCUCGUCUGCUAGACCAUCCACUGUGAGCACAGGCAGCGAGGCAAGGCCUCACACCACAAGCCAAGGAGUAGGUAAUCACACAGAGCUCCGAGAUGCCAGCGUAGGGGAGGUAACAGAGGUGAAGACUGUGGGAGUGUCUUGUUGCACGGCUGAGGUGAAGAAUGUUUGCACAGGACCAGAUGUACCCAUGAGUCACUGGGAGGUCAGGAAGCGAGUGGAGACCAUGGAAAAGGGCGUGGGGAUCCAAGUUUUUACAACUACACAAGGAGUUUGUACAGAGAUAAAGUUAUAUAGUGAUGCAGAAACCAACACAGUGGUACCAGUAGAGAAUCUGGGGCCUAAGAAAGGACAGGUUAAGUAUCGUUCUGUGGGUUGUGGGGACUGUUCUGUUGAUGUUAUCAUCUGUGAGGCAAAAGAAGUUGUUUCUCAAGGUAUAGCCACAGAUACCAUCAGAGGAGUGGAUCUGGGAAUCAUGGCAUGUCCCCAGACAGCUUCUCAGCGUACCAACACCAUGUCCAGUUCAGUGUCUCGCUUCACCAACACCAGACAUGCCUUCAACACAGACUCCAGCACCAAUACUGUCCUAAGUACCCAAGACAAGCACACCAACACAACUCAAACUGUUACGAGGACAGUGUCAGUAGGCAACAGGGUCAAAGGCAUCGCCCCAGAGACAUGCUCAAUUGCUGUGGGAACAGACAAUUUGCCAGGAAGUGCCUUCAAACAAACACCAGGGACAGUCCCCAAAGUAACCCGAGAUGCUGGUGUUGGAUUCACGAACAUAAAUGACAAUUUCCUGGUUGGAUUGAAGACCCGUAAUAUGGCCUCUGGACCCUCCCAUCUCCCUGACCCCAUCAAGACGCGGAGCAUUGGUGUUGGGGAGGGGAGGAUUCGGGAUUUGUCAAUUGCUUCCAGUACACCUGGCCAGUCGUUCCAGCAAUCGUCACAGUCCCAGUGGGAUCCAGAGCUGAACCAUUACAUAGAGAAGAUGCAUUGGCUUCUCAGGGAGCAUGGGGACCUGCUCACAGAGGACCACACUCCACAGAAGGAAGGGUUUGCCCAGCAGCACAGUAGCAGAGGAAAUGCUAGCUCCAAGCUGUCCUGCACUAACAAAGCUGAAGCUCAAGACGGAACAGAAGUCCAUCCUUUAGACUCUCAGACACCAGUCAGCAGAAACUUUCAGUCCCCAUCUCAAAUCGUAGUUGACUCUCAGUGUGACAAUGCAAACCCAGGAACCUGCCAACAGGGUGAUUCAGAGGUGAAAAGAAUGAUACAGAUGUUGGAACAACAGACCUCAUCAUCUCUGCAAGACAGGGCAAGUAAUGCUGGUGGGCUGCGAUCUGUAAUGAAGAAACAGAAUGGCAACCAAGGCUGUAGCAGCAGCAGGAAGAGUAUGAAGUUCAUGAGGGUGACCACAGGUUUGGACCCCAUGUCAUCUUAUGAGCUCUCUGCCAUUGAGAAGGCAAACUCGGAGGAAGUGGAAAGGAGAGGAAACAAAAAAUCUUCUCAUGAUGGAAUGCAAGGAAGAAAGGGUAAAGGUGGCUCCAACAAGGGCCUGAAACCAUCUGCAAAAUCACAUACACAGAGGUGUACGUUAAGUGAAAAUAUGUUUUCUGCUUGUCAAGCCUUAAAGAUGCACCUCAGUGAUGACACAGCUUUAUCCAGCAAGGAAUUGCAUGACUGCCUUCAAACACUUCAGCAAGAGUGGUUUUCUGUGUCCAGCCACAAGUCAGCCUCUGCUGACACUAUGGGCGAUUACCUAUCGACAUUUCGUGUCAUUUCACCUUCAGUAUUGCAACAUAUAGCCAACAUGGCUGAUGGCAAUGGAAACACAGCGCUGCACUAUAGUGUGUCUCACUCCAACUUUGGCAUUGUCAAGAAACUGCUUGAUGCAGAUGUGUGUAACGUCGAUCAACAGAACAAAGCAGGUUACACGCCCAUCAUGCUGGCUGCACUCGCAGCAGUAGAAAGUCCAGAGCAAAUGAGAGUUGUGGAGCAACUCUUCACAAAAGGAGAUGUCAAUGCCAAGGCCAGCCAGGCGGGUCAGACAGCACUGAUGCUGGCUGUGAGCCACGGCAGGAUGGACAUGGUGCAGGCGCUCCUGGCUCAGGGGGUGGAGGUCAAUCUGCAGGACGACGAGGGCUCCACGGCGCUGAUGUGCGCAAGCGAGCACGGCCACGCCGACAUUGUUAAGCAAUUGCUGGCACAGCCAGACUGUGAUGCCACCCUGACUGACAGCGAUGAAAGCACAGCCCUGUCUAUUGCUCUGGAGGCAGGACAUAAUGAUAUUGCAGUGCUCCUUUAUGCACAUGCCAACUUCUCCAAAGGACAGACAGGGGUAGCGGCGCGUCACAGUGGCAAGUCUCUCUCCUCCUCUGGUGGCAGAAAUAACUUUGAAUGAGGUGAUGCCCCAAAGCCUGAAUUGAUGCUUAUUAAUUCUUAUUUAUGUAGUGAUUCAGUAUCAAAGACCCCAUAAUGAAGUGGGAAAUUAUAAAUAGUUGUCUAACAAUUGACAGAAUGCAAAUUAUUCCCUGACAUGUAUGAGAUUGCAUGAUUGUAUAGUAUUUAAUUCAUAGUUAACAUAUGCAUGGCAGAGUAUAUUAUUUAUGUUCAUAUGAGCUUAAAGUAAAUGCUUUAUCUUAAAUCAAUCUAUGAUAUACUAUCAAUUCAAAUUUUCUUUAAUAAUUUAAUUCUCUUUGCAAUGUUUUAU